AACUACUUGAACCCAGCCUCGCAGGAUUCAAAGCACCUCGCUACUACCACAGUACACACUGUACAAUUUUCCUCCACCAGAUAUGAUGUCUGAACUUCUCUGCCAGCAAUGUCCGAGGAGCCCAAGGCUUCGAUAGAGCCUCAAAGUGCGAAGGAUGACGAUAGCCACGAACCCCAAUCUAAGCGCUUCCGAUUCAAGUCGAAAAGGGAGAAUGAUGUCCGUGAAGAGGACAAUCUGAGAAGGCACAAGCGCAGGAGACACCAUGAAUCAUCUCACGCUGGCGAGAGACGUCGCAAGUCCUCUAAGCGUUCCCCCGACCACAUACCCGCACACUCUCACUCGUUGAAUUCCUUGCCUGCAGACCAAGCCUUUCGCGAGUCACUCUUCGAUGCGCUUGGAGACGAUGAAGGCGCAGCAUUCUGGGAGGGGGUAUAUGGACAGCCCAUUCACGAUUACCCGAACACCUACGAAGAUGAAGAGACUGGCGAGUUGGAACGCAUGACCGAUGAGGAAUACGCGCAGUUUGUCCGUCGGAAAAUGUGGGAGAAGAGCUGGGAAGGAAUAGAAGCUGCCAAAGAAGAGAAGAGAAGAGAGCGGGAAGAAGAAAAGCAGCGGAUACGCGAGGAAGAGAACAAAAGGAACAAGCAGAGGCAAGCCCAGCACGAUGACUACAUAUUCGACGCCCAAGUUGGGGCCAGUCUUCGCCGCGGCGAAAGACGAAAAGACCGUAGACGAUGGCAGGCCUUGUGGCAGGACUAUUUGAAGCGGUGGAAUGAGCUGCAGGCAUUGGCGCAGAACCGUCCAGAGCCCGAGGAAGAUACAGAGCAAGUCUUUCUCCGCAACAAAAUAGCGUGGCCGGUUGAAUCGGGUAAGCGCAAAGAUGUCCACCGAGACGAGAUUGAGCGUUUUGUCAGGAAAGGAACGGCCAGCCUAGAGUCGGACGAGAAUACCGGAGACCCUCUUGCUAAUGCCCUCAAAGCGGAGCGGGUAAGAUGGCAUCCUGACAAGAUCCAGCAGCGGUACGGAUUCAUGGAAAUUGACGAAAGCACCUUGAAAGGUGUCACAGCCGUCUUCCAAAUAUUCGACGACAUCUGGGCCGACGUUCGAAAGACGGGACAAUAAGAGGACAGCUAUCAAAAUGUCAUUGCGCUGACGAAAUCUUCGUUGCGAUUGCCUCACCGUCUAGGUUACUGUGUUUUGAUCAGAAGAGUAAUGUUUAGGUCUCGACAUUUAACGGCUGUACACCACCAGUCCAUUCUGCAACGACAAGAUCUGGUACUCCUCUUACAAGGACAUGAACAUGCUCCAUACCCGGGACAGAUUGCAAGGCCGUCCAAUUCUUGAACCACACGACUUUCUCCUCCUCGCCAGGCAAAUCCUUGACUCGGUUCACGAAUUUGGUUUGUAUGAAUUCUUCAACUUGCUGCCGUGACUUUGGAGUCAUAUCGCCUUUGGUGGGCUCCGACUCCAAUCUGGUCUUCAGCCAGACUAUGAUGUGCCGAAUGCCUUCAUCAAGUCCGUAAGGCCAAUCGUUGAUCAGGAUUUUGUAGUCGUCUUCGUGAGCGAAGGGGGUCGGAUCUUCCACCGCAAACUCGGGUCCAGUUUUAGCAGUCGACGAAGCCAACGGUGUCCAUCUGAGUCUCUCUCUCAUGACGAAAAUUGGGAUACUCCCAUAUGCGGCCUUGGUCUCAGCCGACCAUUUGAUGUAUCGCCUCAGAUCGGAAGGCCA